UACGCUGGGGUACUCGGGUGGUGUUUCUGAACGCAGCCCUUCGUGCCGUAUACAUAGACAUAGUAUAUGUGUGCGUACAUAUGCAGUACGUAGCAUGUAUGCGGUAUAGGGGCCAUCCCCACUCCUACCCCCACCACCGCUGUAGCGAUGUGGCAAACGUUCUCGCCUGGCAUCAGUGGCUCCAACCAGCGAGGAAAUCGCCGCGAUGCGUGUCCGAGAGGUGCGCGCGUACCAGCACUUUCAUUGUUCUUCGAUGUCUCGGCGCGAAGAGACGCGAGCGAUCUCGUGUGCGUUACCACGGCCGCCAGUUUGACGUACACACACACGCACGCACGCACGCACCUGUCGCCGUCGGGAGACGAGAGCUCCGCUCCGAGUACUUCGCGAAGUGAUGCAGUUCAGACAGCCGGCAAUCUGGUUAUUGAAGCUCUUGUCGAUCGGCCUCGCGUAUACCGGUAUCAGCGAUUGGGAUGCGUGCAGCGGACGUUUGGAGCGCGCUUUGGACGCACUACACAGGGAUUCCACCAGAAGAACCAAGUUGGACGAGGAAGAGGCCGGAGCGUUGUAUCAGCGCGAACUACAAUCCGCCCCCCUGGAAAUGUCCGUCUCCCGUAUGGCCGUGAAGCUUCCGGAAAACGCGAAGGAGCCCGGAGGUCAGUGGGCGCGAGUGGAGCAAUGCGUGUACGAUCCCGAUCGCAAUUCUCUGAAGACGCGCGUCGUGUUCAACGACCUGUCGGUGUCGGGGAUGGUGUCCCUGAUACCGCGGGACCGCCGCGCCCUGAUCGCCGCCGAAUCCUGCAGAAUGACCUUGCGACUGAGGCGCGCGGGGAUAGACUUCGUCACCAGCCCGAUCGCCCGCGGACGCGGCCAGAUGCGCAUACGCACGGAGUCCAGCUUCCUGGAGCCCAGGUUCGCGUCGAUCUACGCGUACGGCUGCCGUUCCACGCGCAUCGACAAGCAGAUCAAACGGCAGGAUAAAUGGCCGCCGUAUCAUUCAGCCAGCGUCAACAAGGUGACACCGACGCUGUCGUUGCCUCUGAACGACAAGUACGACGCGGCGGAGCCGAGACAAUUGGCGGGCAGCGCCGAGGAGAUGGACAUCGUCAUACCGAACGAGAGUCGGCAUCCGCGCUACUCGCACGCCCCGGAGACCAACUUCGGUGUGUGGCGGAAGAACUCCUGGAUCACUAAAUCCUCGCCGCGCCGGAGGCGCUCGAUGGUCAUCACGCCGCGGGACUUCGCGAACGCUCUGAUAAGCGGGCGCAAGUCGCCGGGGAGGCCCGCGAACUUCACCACAAUUGUCAAUCUGACCGACAGCUCCCUGCGGGACGAGGAUCCACCGCAAAAUGGGACGCGGGAGGUGAGGGAGCUCACGGUGGACGACAAUCUCUUCCCUAUAGACUCGGAGGAUCCGAACAGGAGUUGGCAGUCGAAGGAGUACAUCACGAGGGAGAUGGAAGACGUCUUCUUGCAGGGCGCGAGCCAAGCGCUCACGAGAUACAUCGAACGCCAACUGCAUCCGGCGAUCAAGGAGACGCUGAUGCUGUCUAUGGGCUACACUAUCAGUUACGGAUAAAAGUAGCGAAGGAGAAUAUAUUUGGGAUCAAUAUUUCAUAAUUGUGUAUAUUUCAAGUAUUAGAUACGUCAGUCGCUACGAAAACGUUAAUAAAAAUCGCCUUCGCUCCUUCUCACGACUGAUGGUCGCGACAAUUGCCUGGGCCCUAGGAGUUUCUUGAGAUUGCGCAACGAUUCGCAUAUUGUGUCGAUUAAAAUUCUUACUUGCCUCGUUUCAUUUAUAGCUCCGUAAUGAUCUUGUCUCUCAUUACUUCAAUUUUCGCAUUGCGACGUAAAUCAUUUUUAAUUAGUUACGUACUGAGCUUGGGAAUGUAAAGGCGCUCCAUUCAUUUUGUAAUCGUACAUUCUUGAUGAUAGUCGCGAUAAAUAUGUAACGUUGCGAAAUAUUCAUAUAUAAGGAACAUUGAGAAAACAUUUGAUGUACUAAUUGUGCAAUUGCAUAUUAUAAGCGUAUAUACAUAUACAUAUAUAAAAGAAUAUACAAGGAAUAUCUGUGUGCAAUUAUAUAUUUGUUUCUUUUCUUCAUACAUAUGGUAGAAACAAAGAAUUAUGGCUAACAUUAUUGUGACAAUAUGUUACCGUCCAGUUUCUAAUUAAUAUUUAUAAAUAGAAUUUAAAUUAUAUUAACAAACACAUAUUUAGACAUAAAAUAAUAAUUAGCGCGUACGAAUAAGAAUGAACCUAUUUAUUUUAAAGCUGUCUUUAAUGAUAAGUAAAAAAGCGCAGAGAGACACCUUAUCUAAGAGUGUAUUAAAGUAAGAUACUAAAUUGUAAGAAAUUUAAUGACAAUCGGAAUUAAAAACACGUUUAAUUCCAAUCCAAAGUGCACGUGAGUUAUAGAGCUGGAAGCAUUCUGUCCAAAAGAAAUAAUUAUACGGGUAAAAAUAAAUGGGAUUUUUUCGAAACACAAAA